AGCAAUUCGGAGACAGAUGAUCCCAACCUUCAAAUUCAUGAUUAUAUUCAAAUCUGCCAGCAUGACAGCAAUAACAAUAUAUUCACAACGAGAAACUCUGUAGGUGAUUGCAUUCCCCGUGAACUCACGGCAUCAAAUUCAAUAUGAAACAUUUCAGAUCCUCUCCUAUAUUGUGACACACGAUAAGAGAGGUUCAAAUAACAAGUUAAUAUCCUUAUCACAAAGGAAGCGUUUCGAAGCACCUUUCAUUUACAAUUGGAACCACUAAUGGAAACAAAAUUCAACGUCCUUGAAACAAGAAUAGGUGAUAGAAAAUCAGUAUCUUCAGACUUGAAUUUUGCAGAUGGAGAAGAUGAUCCAUUCAUAAGUAGCUUAUGGGGAAUUCAUAAAACUUUAGAUGCUCUCCGUGGAAACAUGCACAAACGGGUGUUUGAUGCCGAAACCAUUGGCGACGAUGGGUCGGACAUUGAAGACACACAGCUGCCACCCACUUACGUAGUAGUUCAACUGGAUCCAAAGAUCCCGAAAACAACUUUGGUCUGGUUGAUUGACAAAAUCAGCGGAAAGAAGAGGGAUGGAGGAGGAGAAUUGAUCGUCAUGAAGCAGCCUUUGAAUCCCGAUGAUGGCUCAAUUCUCCAUCUGUCAGCUACCAAAAUGAAAUUCCUAGAAGCUGCUGAGGAAAUGGAACUCAUGAAGGAAGACCGCAUCGGUGUGAUGCGGGAAUUCACAGUGGCAUCUCUAGAGGAUUUCGUUCCCGAAGAUAUGCACCUGGACGAUUUCUUGACACCAUCUGAGAGACAGACCAUAGUAAAACACGAGCUAGAUAACAUAAGGGCACUCGCUGAAGAUGAUCAUAUUCCUGGAUUUCCCACCUACUCGCUGUACGAAGGCCAGUCUAUAUUCCAUGUAUGCCAGAAAUGGGGGAUCGUUACUAAGGUGUAUCCGUUGCACGAUGAUGAGGCGAUAAAGAGGCUGGGGAAGCAAUGGUACUGGACUGUUUUCGGAAAACAACCAUUUGAGGAUAUCAGACUGUACUUUGGAGAAUCGAUCACACUCUACUUCAAUUUCCUGGGAUUCUACACCUACACUUUGGCUAUUCCUGUUUUGCUCGGAUUUCUGCAAAUGUUGGUGUCUACAGAAACGAUACCAUUUUUCUGUAUAUUCAAUGUUGUAUGGGUAACUCUUGUUCUUGAGAUAUGGAGACGAAACAGCAAUGAACUAGCGUUCAAAUGGGGAACCAUAGGAAUGACCAGCAUGGAUGAGCCUCGGCCGAAUUUCAAAGGCGCCAUGGGCUAUGAUGCUAUCACGGGAAAGAUUCAACCUCAAAGCCCAAGAUAUAUGACAUACGUAAAGAUGUAUGCAGUUUCAUUACCAAUAGUCUUCAUCUGUAUGCUACUUGCCUUCGUGAUUAUGAUGGUAUCUUUUUGGGUAGAAGACUAUCUGAAGCAAAAUGAAGAAUAUAUACAGUUCGUUUCUCUACCAAGUAUCAUCUAUUCCGUUGUUGUUUUGAUCAUGAAUAUAUACUACAGAAGCUUAGCAACGUACCUCACAGAAUGGGAGAAUCACCGCACUCAAUCCCAAUACGACCGCCACCGGGUGACCAAACUCGUCCUCUUCGAAUUCGUCAACAAUUUCCUGUCACUCUUCUACAUAGCAUUCAUUGUCCAAGACAUGGAGAUGCUGCGAAGUCAGCUGCAGACAAUGCUCAUCAUCUCGCAGGCCAUCAAUAAUUUCCUGGAAACCGUCCAGCCGCUGGCCGUCAAAUACUAUGUCAUGAAGUUCAAAAUUGCUGAUAAACCAGCAAAUCCAAAUACUCCAAGAAUAUUCCGGGAAAAAGGUUCUGAAGAUAAUACACCGUUGAAAGAUUUAGAAAUACCACAGCUCCUGCCGGAUGAUCCAAGGAUAAAGCAAGCCAUGGCUGAAGGUAAAAUGGAAUCCUACGAAGGCACAUACGACGACUACCUAGAACUGUUCAUCCAGUUUGGAUACGUGUUCCUCUUUUCCUCGGUAUACCCCAUAGCUGCCCUUUGGGCGGUUUUCAAUAAUGUUAUUGAAAUGCGAGGAGAUGCAUUCAAGCUCUGUAGACUGUUCCAGAGGCCAUUCAGUAGGAGAGUGAAGGAUAUAGGUGCUUGGCAGCGUGCCUUCGAAGUCCUCGGGGCCCUCUCGAUCCUCACCAACUGCGGCAUUCUUUACCUCAGCCCUCAGCUGAGGCGGGGCGCCCCCGGCGUCAGCGAGGUAGAAUGGAUCCUGAUGUUCGUGUUGCUCGAGCACGUGCUGCUGGGCGUCCGCUACAUCCUGCACAUCGCCAUCUCGGAGAAGCCGGAGUGGGUCAGGGUGGCUCUGGCCAAGAAGAGUUACGAGUGGAAGCAGGCCUUGAAGUUCGAGAGGUCCCAGAAGAACCGACGACUGCUCACCAGAAAGUUCAAGACCGAUCACGGCACUCACGGACAGUGACACUUGACGUGAAGGCCCCCAGUUUACACAGUUUGCAAAACUAAUGGAUUUCUAGUCCUGGGAAUCACUUUCCAUGAACCGUCCUUCUCCAAACAGUCUGCCCCGUCUUGUAAUCCCGGAAAUUAAUGCUUGCACAUAGUCAACAAGUUUGUCGCUUUGAAUAAAUA